GCAGAGAUGAGUCGAACUCCCGACGCCCGGAUGAGGGACAAUCAGACCAAGAGGAUCCAGGAGCGCAUCAGUAACGUGGAGAAGCAUUUUGGCAAGAUGUGUCAGACGUUGGCGGCGUACGGACGUAACUCAGCUCGUGUUCGGGACAAGGCGGACCUGCUGGUGCGUGAGCUGGGCCAGUAUUCUGACACGGAGACUCCCAGCCUGAAGAACGCUUUGAAGCACUUUGCCAGCCACCUGGCCAAGAUUCAGGACUACCGCCAAGCACAGGUGGAGCGACUGGAGGUCAAGGUCAUUGAGCCGUUAAAAGGUUACAAUGCUGUGGUGCGACGCAAAAGGGAGGACGUGAAGACCACUCAGAGUGCCAGAACACGAGAGUCCAAACAAAUGGAUCAGCUGGAAAGAACUCGCCAGAAGAACCCCUCGGACCGCCAAGUCAUCUCUCAGGCGGAGAGCGACCUGCAGCGGGCCACCAUGGACGCCACACGCACCACCCGUCAACUGGAGGAGACCAUGGAGGAGUUUGAGAAGCAGAAGAUGCGAGACCUUAAGAAGAUCCUGAGUGACUUUGUGACGGUGGAGAUGUCCUUCCACGCCAAGGCCUUGGAGCUCUACACGCUGGCCUAUCACAGCAUCCACAGUGUGGAGGAGGAGGAGGACCUCAAGGUGUUCAGGAGUUCCCUGCACCCCCCCGACUACCUGACGCCAGCCAACUCCCUGGAGGGCACCGCCUCCACACCUUUCCAGCAACAGAGAGCCUCCGGACGCCAAGCGAGCAGAGAGGAAGAGGAGGAGGAUGAAGAUGAGUCUGAGGAAGAGGAGGAUGAAGACUCUGAGGAGGAAAGUUGAUGAAGAGUCUUAUUUGUUUGAUUUUUAUUUGUAUUAUUGUUGUUUCAUUUUCAUUUGUAUUGUUUUUAUUUUUAUUUUUGUUGUUUAAUUUUUAUUUGUAUUAUUGUUGUUUCAUUUUCAUUUGUAUUGUUUUAUUUUUAUUUUUGUUGUUUAAUUUUUAUUUGUAUUAUUGUUGUUUAAUUGUUAUUUUUAUUAUUGUUGUUAAAUUUGUAUUUGUAUUAUUGUUGUUUAAUUGUUAUUUGUAUUAUUGUUGUUUCAUUUAGAUUUGUAUUAUUGUUGUUUCAUUUUCAUUUGUAUUGUUGUUUCAUUUUUAUGUGUAUUUUUGUUGUUUAAUUUUUAUUUGUAUUAUUAUUGUUUUAUUUGUAUUUGUAUUAUUGUUGUUUAAUUUUUAUUUGUAUUGUUGUUUUAUUCUUAUUGGUAUUGUGGUUGUUUUAUUUGUAUUUGUAUUAUUGUUGUUUUAUUUGUAUUUGUAUUAUUGCCAUCUUUGUUUUUUUGUAUUAUUGUCAUCUUUGUUGUUUAAUUUUUAUUUGUAUUAUUGUUGUUUUAUUUUUAUUUGUAUUAUUGUUGUUUAAUUUGUAUUUGCAUUGUUACUGGUUCAUUUUCAUUUGUAUUUUUGUUGUUUUAUUUGUAUUAUUAUUGUUUUAUUUGUAUUUGUAUUAUUGUUGUUUAAUUUUUAUUUGUAUUAUUGUUGUUUUAUUUUUUUUUAUUAUUGUUUUUUUGUAUUUGUAUUUUUGUUGUUUUAUAUUUUUUUGUAUUUUUGUUGUUUUAUUUGUAUUUGUAUUAUUGUUGUUUAAUUUUUAUUUGUAUUAUUGUUGUUUUAUAUUUUUUUGUAUUAUUGUUUUUUUGUAUUUGUAUUUUUGUUGUUUUAUAUUUUUUUGUAUUAUUGUUUUUUUGUAUUUGUAUUUUUGUUGUUUUAUAUUUUUUUGUAUUAUUGUUUUUUUGUAUUUGUAUUUUUGUUGUUUUAUAUUUUUUUGUAUUUUUGUUGUUUUAUUUGUAUUUUUAUUAUUGCCAUCUUUGUUUUUUUUGUAUUAUUGUCAUCUUUGUUGUUUUAUUUUUAUUUGUAAUAUUGUUGUUUUAUUUUUUAUUAUUGUUGUUUAAUUUUUAUUUGUUUUAUUGUCAUCUUUGACUUUGUCAUUGUUGUUUUUAUUUUUUUUAUCUUCUUAUAUUUUGGAUUUGUAUUAGCUUUUUGGCUUUUUAUUUUGAUUUAAUUUUUUUCUUUUAUUUUGAAUUUUUAUUAGCUUUUUAUUCUUUUACUUUUUAUUGUUCAAUUUUUUUACUUGGAUUUUUAUUUAUUGUCUUUUAUUGUGGAUUUUGGCUUUGUAUUUUUUUGUCUUAUUUCUUUUGGAAUGUUAUUUGUCUUUUUGGGGGGAUUUCUUUCUUUUUAAUUGUCUUUUUAUUAUUAUUUGGUUGGCUUUUUGUUUUUAUUCGUCUUUUUUUGGCCUUUUUAUUGUGUUUUUUAUCUUUCUUUAUUUGAAUUUCGACUCUUUAUUUGAGCUUUUUAUUUGGCUUUUAUAUUGAGAUUUGUAUUUUGGAUUGUGCCUGUGAAGUGUGACGAUGACGUCAUGAAUGGAACAUGUUAAUAAAGAGUGUUAAUGUCAUAAGCAUAUAAGACAACAACAAUGUCAAUAUUCAUACAUGACUGUAAUAUUCACAAGAAAACAUGAAGUAUUUAAAUGUGACCAGCAGAGGGCAGCAUGACGUCCUCUUCCUCCCUGCUG